UUGAGUCAGACUGUUUGCAGUCAGAUCCAUUCUCUGCAGUAGAUGAGAUAUGGAUUUGGGCAGUAUUCCUGGUGAUUGUUGCCCCCUAUUUUCUUACAUUUUUGUCAACAUUUUUCCGAAUUUGUUUUAAAACGAAUAAGAGAUUGGAUUGGAAAGUUCUUUUAGCAGCCAUGGCUAUAGAAACAAUCCACUCCAUUGGUGUUUCUAUCCUUGCAUUCCUUGUGCUACCUUCAUUUGAUCCUGCUUCCGCUUCCGUUAUAUAUAUGGCGGUCGCAUUGGUUCCAGCAAUUCUUAACGUAAUUGACAAAGUUUUCGUCGAGCGAUUGCAAAAAAACAACAAAGUAUCAAAAUGUUCCCUCUUUGAUGAAGCUUCGUGGCUUUCUUUUUCUUUUCCGCUUCUUGGAAUUGCUUUCCAAAUUAUUGGAAUUAUUUUAAUUGGAUUGUACAUUCGAAGAGGUUGGUUGUCUGGGAUAUUUGUAGUAGCAGCCUUGUUUACAUCUGUUAAAUACUGGGAAAACUUCAUCACCAUGGGAGACGAAGAUUCUAAUCUCUUGAGGCGUCUUAAACGUGAAUUACAUGUUGGAAGAACAAAAGUGACUUGCCUAGCUAAUAUCUGGAAAAUAAUAAUAACUUUUCUUGUCGUCAUAACAAUAUUCACAAGUAAAUCUGACGAUCCAACGGCUGUGUUUAAAUCACUCUUUAACGAUGGCAGCGCGACCAUAUUUUCCAUUUUGGGAGAGCAAAACAUGGGAGACAACCCAAUCUGUCAAUACAAUGUACCGUUAUUAGCAGCUGCCAUAACCAUAAUAUGCGAGUACCUAUGUUAUAAGGCUACCAAAACCGUCUGUGCUAUCAAUUGUCAGCGAUUCGGAUAUGCCAUCCCUAUGAUUAUUUUGCCCGUUGCGACAACAUUCACUUUGGUGGGAUUGAUGCAUACUCCAGACAUCUUGAAAUUUGAAUCAUGUGACCUACUCUUUUCUGAUUGGUGCGUGCAAGGAAAUGGAAAUUUGGUAGACAACUGUACUGAACUUUUUGCUGCAUUUUUCCUGUUGUACUUUUCUAUUCUAUUGAUAACCAGACACGUUUGGAAGGUUGAUGGUUACAAGCACGGAGAAACAGCACGGAUAUUCGUCCAACCCUUUUAUUGUGGAAUGCAAAUUGAUAUAUCCUUGUUAUUGAAUCGUAGGAGAUAUGAUAAAGAAUAUGGCAUUGUUCACAAAAAGAAAUUUGAAAAUAAGAAAAGGAAAAUGUUGUAUGCCUGUUGUGCCACAAUGUGGCACGAAACUGCUAACGAGAUGACACAGUUAUUAAAAUCAUUAUUUAGAUUAGAUAUGAAGCAAUUUACAACAGAAAUGAUAGCAGAAUCUGCAAAAGACGACGACAAGGUUGAACCAUUUGAUUUUGAAGCUAACGUUUUCUUCGAUGAUGCUUUUGAUCCACAUAAAGAAGGUCAAUCUGGUCCAGACGUCAAUGAUUAUGUUAAAACUUUUAUUCAGGUUAUAAACGAAGCAGGAAGUGCUGUCCAUGGGAAAAGAAUAACAAUUCCUGACGGCGAAAUGUACAGAACGCCUUACGGCGCAAGGAUAUAUUGGGCUCUCCCUGGAGGAAAUAAGCUCGUGGUUCAUCUAAAGGAUAAAAAUAAAAUUCGUCGUAAGAAACGAUGGAGCCAGGUAAUGUACAUGUUUUACAUUCUGAAAUGGGCCCUUAUUAACCAAUAUGGAAAGGCCGGGCUACAAGAGGCAGCAGAAAAUACAUACCUAUUAGCUCUUGAUGGAGAUGUCGAUUUCGAACCGGAAGCUAUACUAAGCUUAAUGAAGCGAAUGAAUAAAUCGCCUCUUGUUGGUGCAGUCUGUGGUCGAAUUCAUCCUAUUGGUUCAGGUCCUAUGGUAUGGUAUCAGAAAUUUGAAUAUGCUAUCAGCCAUUGGCUACAGAAAGCAACGGAGCAUGUACUUGGUUGUGUUUUGUGUAGUCCGGGAUGUUUUAGUUUAUUUCGCGGAUCGGCCAUUCUCCAUCCUAAUGUCCUUGACACAUACACGACAGACUCCACAGAAGCCGAACAUUUCAUCCAAUACGAUCAAGGAGAAGAUCGAUGGUUGUGUACAUUGCUUCUAAAGCAGGGAUGGAAAAUUGAAUAUUGCGCAGAGUCAGAUGCGUACACAUAUGCACCGGAAGGAUUUUCUGAGUUCUAUAAUCAGCGUCGAAGAUGGGUGCCGUCGACCAUGAUUAACGUCCUUGAUGUAAUAUUGGACUGGAAACAAAUUACAUAUAACAACGAGAAUAUAUCUUUUCUGUAUAUUGUCUACCAUUCAGUUCUGUUUGCGUCCGUUCUGUUGACACCAGGUACCAUAUUUAUGCUGGUAUUUGGUGCGAUUAUACUUGGUUUUGAAUCAAUUCCACCAUGGUUGUCGUUGGUACUGAAUCUCAUUCCAGUUGGAAUAUUUCUGAUUAUGACAUUGUAUGCCUCGCAGCAGCGACAGAUUCAAUAUGCCGCUAUUUUAUCUGCCAUAUACGUGUUUGUUAUGGUAAUUGUGUUGAUUGGCGUUUUACGAACUACUAUCGUGGAAGGAUUCUGUUCCACUGCCACGUUUUUCACCAUAGCAGUUGGAGGUAUUUUUAUCAUUUCGGCUAUAAUACAUCCAAAGGUAUGUUAA